AUGGAGUUGCGAAAAAUAUGGGAUUUGGACAUUUUAAGCAUUGAAAAUCCCGUGGAAAGAAAAAAUAAGAUCCAACUAGAGGAAGAAACGUUGAUCCAUUUCAGAGAAACAUUAAGAGUCUGUGAAGAUCAGAGAUAUGAAGUAUCUUUGCCAUGGUUGGCUGGACAUCCUGCCUUUUAUGAUAAAUACGACAUAGCAGAAUCCAGACUUCGCACAGCAACUAAACGUUUGUUAAACGAAAAUUAUUUUGAUGCUCACGAUGCUGUAUUUAAACAGUGGGUAUCAGAAGACAUUAUAGAAACUGUACCAAAGGAUCAGAUUACGAAACCAGGUCAUUAUCUCCCCCAUAGACCAGUUAUCAAGCCAUCCAGCAAUACUACGAAGGUUCGACCAGUUUUCGACGCAUCUUUCAAGAAACCUGGAUUUGCUUCCUUGAAUGAAUGCUUAAGUGUGGGACCGAAUCUUAUACGUAGGAUACUGCCAUUACUAUUGAGAUUCCGUUCAGGGGUAUUAGGAGUUAUUGCCGACAUAAAACAAGCAUUUCUACGGAUAUGUUUAAGAGUCGAAGACAGAGAUGUACUAAGGUUCUUGUGGUGGGAAGACGCUGAAUGCACAACAUUUAAGACUUAUCGACACUGCAGAGUGGUGUUCGAUGUCUCUUCCAGUCCAUUUCUUCUAAAUGCCACAAUAAAUUAUCAUCUAGGAUUGCAGAAAUUCCAAACAGAGAGUCUUAAGAAUACGAUUGAUAAUUUAAGAGAAGGAUUUUACGUGGACAACCUAGUCACAAGUGUUAAUAACGUCGAUGAACUGGAACAUUUAAAAUCUCAAGCUAUCCAAAUAAUGAGAGAAGGUGGGUUUGAAUUACGAUGCUGGGCUUCCAAUACCUCUGGGGAAGGACAAGAAACGGAAAUGGUUCUUGGCAUGAAAUGGAAUUUAGUUAGUGAUGAACUUUCAUGUAAGAUGCCGUUAAAUUUAGUUACCGUCAAUGAAAAGGCAGUUACGAAACGUUUACUUCUUUCUAUAAUCAACAGUAUUUACGAUCCAAUAGGCUUUACUGCUCCAGCGCUAUUGUUGUCCAAAUUCCUUUUGCAGGAAGCGUGGAGAGAGAAACUAAGUUGGGAGGAUGCAUUACCUGCACAACUUGUGCAGAAGCACAGACGGUGGGAGAAAACCACUGCUCUCAUACCUGAAUGUACCAUUCCUCGAAGAAUGUUGCCUAUAAAUUACGAGGAUGGCGAACUGCAUAUUUUCACAGAUGCAUCUUGUUUUGCAUAUGCUACUUGUGCUUUCUUGCGAUGUGAAUACCGAGGUCAAGUGACAGUCAAAUUAAUAGCUGCUAAAGCUCGACUUGCUCCAAUGCAAAAACCAACCAUCCCAAGACUUGAAUUGCUGGGAGCCGCCCUCGGAGCUCGUUUAGCCGCAACUCUACAUUCUGUUCUGCCCAUUUCCUCUAGAACCCUUUUUUGGACUGAUUCAAUGAUAGUUUUGAGCUGGAUUACGAGAAAGGAGCCAUGGAAUACAUUCGUUGGAAAUCGAGUGAAAGAAAUCAGAGAAUUUACCAAUAUAGAUGACUGGAAACAUGUACCUGGAGAAGUCAACCCUGCCGACUUUGCUACUCGCUUUUGCGACUGGGCAGAUCUAUUGCAAAGUCAGUGGUGGGAGGAUCCCAGCUGGUUAUACGAAGAAGCAGAAUCUUGGACAAUGUCUGAGAUAUCCGUUCCGGAUGAAGCUUUCCUGGAGCGACGUAAGACAGUGAUAACAAAUUUACCAGCUGAAAGCGAAGAGGAAUUUGGACAGAGAUUUUUAUACUUUUCGAGUUACACAAGGAUUCUUAGAAUGACUUUGUAA